AUGGCAGCGCAUCAUUCUUUGGUUGGGCUUGGGUCUCCUUUAUUAGACAUUUCCGCUGAAGUUACAGCUGAGUAUAUGCAACGCUAUGGGGUUCUUCCAAACAACGCAAUUCUCGCUGAAGAAAAGCACAUGCCUAUGUACAAAGAGCUGGUCGACAACUAUAACUGUGACUUCAUAGCAGGAGGGGCAAGCCAAAACACUAUCAGAUCUUGCCAAUGGAUGUCUCAAACCCCAGGCCUUACCGCCUUUUUAGGCUGCAUUGGAAAUGACGAAAAUGGACAAAGACUAAGCCAGGCUGCAGCCAAAGACGGCGUCACCACUUAUUACAAAAUUGAUAAUGCCACCCCAACCGGCACCUGUGCAGUUCUGCUUCACGAAAAAGAAAGGUCUUUAAUCGCAAACCUCGGAGCAGCCAAUAACUUCGAUAUCGAUCACUUAAGGGCAAAUUGGAGUCUGCUCGAAAACGCCAGAAUUGCCUACACUGAAGGCUUUUUUGUAGUCCCAGCCACCCCAAGUUUAGUAGAAGUCUCAAGAUAUAUGGCCACAAAUGGGAAAAUUUUUGCUAUGAAUCUCUCAGCUAUGUUUGUCAUUGAAUUUUUCAAGGACCAAAUGAUGCAGCUUUUUGAAAACAGUGAAUACGUGUUUGGUAACGAAGUUGAGGCUGAAAAAUUUUCACAAGUCCAUGGGUUUGAUACAACAAAUUUUGAGACCAUUGCAUUAAGAAUGGCUGCACUGCCAAAAGUAUUUGAAAGAACAAGGACUGUAGUUAUUACUAGAGGAAAAGACCCAACUGUAGUUGCUGUUGGAGACCAAGUCUAUACCUUUGAAGUACCUAGGAUUGAAGAAGAAAAAAUCAUCGACACAAAUGGAGCUGGGGACUGUAAUUAAUAUUUAGCUUUUGUAGGAGGAUUUUUAAGCGAGCUGCUCAAAGGAAGUGAGCUUAGAAGAUGCGUCGCUGCCGGGAACUACUGUGCAGGAGAAGUAAUCCAGCAAUCAGGAUGUGUGUUCCCUCCAGUCCCUACGUUUAAUUAUAGUUAG